AUGCAAGAGGAACCUUCCAAGAAGAAGUUAAAACUAGCUGGUGAAGAAAGCAGAAAGAGUGAUGCCUUUAGAAACUUUGAACACUUUUUUUUCCGCCUCAAUACGCUCUACACCUUUCUAAUUUGUAGAAAGCAUGUUGUACCUACCUUCAAAACGCUUUGUGAUCCCAUAAAAACUACUUUAAAAAGAAGCGUUACCAAGGAAGAUCUAGCUAGAGUUAUGGCUCUUAUGCCAAGGGAUUGCGUUUUUAAGUAUAUCGACGAGAAUCAAAUUUAUACUGAAACAAAAACUUUUGACUUCAACAAUGGAGGUUUUCAACAGAAGGAGAAUGAUAUAUAUGAACUUAAAGAUGUCGAAGAUCAAAAUCGGCAUGAAAAGUCCACUCAGAUACUUAUAUUUGAGUUCGUAGAUGGCACAAUGCAACGUUCAUGGUCUGCAAGUGAUAAGUUUUCUCAGGUCAAAAUGCCCACUUACACAACAGAAGAAAUGAAGCGAAUGAUUUCGAAGAGAGAAACUCUUUUCAAGUCCAGGCUUAAAGAGUUCAUCCUCGAAAAGGAGAAAGCUGGACUUGAUCCAUUUGUCGAAUUAACAAAACUAGCCCAGAAAUAUAUUCCAAAGGAGAGAGAUUAUGAGGAUCCUAUUGAGGCAAUGAUGAAGGCCAAGCAAGAAGGUAAUGAGAAUUCCUUGGAUCACUUCAGUGAUGCAGCGGUAACUACAAUCCCUCAAAUGAUUGCCAAAUUAAAGGGUGCCGAGUUCUAUACAUCUCAGAUAAAACACUGCUUUAUCAUACCAUCGAGAACAGCUGCGUAUAAAAAUGUUAGUUUUGAACUUGCGGCAGAAGUAUAUCAGGCUUUGGAGCAUGAUCGCUUUUACAGUCAUCAGGCAGAUGCGAUAAAUGCCCUUCAUCGAGGAGAAAAUGUCAUUAUCACAACCUCGACUUCUUCAGGUAAAUCGCUGAUCUAUCAAUUAGUGGCUGUCGAUCUUCUUUUGAAGGAUCCAGAAUCGACAUUCAUGUAUAUCUUUCCAACGAAGGCUUUAGCUCAAGAUCAAAAAAGGGCCUUCAAAGUAAUACUUUCAAAAAUCCCGGAGCUAAAGCAUACUGUGGUUGACACGUAUGAUGGGGAUACUGAACCAAGCGAAAGAGCUUAUAUUCGAAAAAACGCCAGAAUAAUAUUUACCAAUCCCGAUAUGAUACAUACUAGUGUUUUGCCAAAUCAUGCAAAUUGGAGGCACUUUCUGUAUCACCUAAAACUAGUAGUGGUCGAUGAAUUACACAUAUACAAGGGUUUAUUUGGGUCACAUGUUGCACUAGUAAUGAGACGUUUGCUAAGACUAUGCCAUUGCUUCUACGAAAACAAUAAAAUGCAAUUUAUAUCAUGUUCAGCCACUCUAAAGUCUCCCGUACAGCACAUGAAGGAUAUGUUUGGCAUUGACGAAGUUACUCUGAUACAUGAGGACGGUUCACCUACAGGCGCUAAACAUCUAGUGGUAUGGAACCCUCCGACUUUAUCUCAACACGAACGUAAACGUGAGAAUUUUAUUCGAGAAAGUGCAAAGAUAUUAGUUCAAUUAAUAUUGAACAACGUUAGGACCAUAGCAUUUUGUUACGUUCGUCGUGUUUGUGAACUGUUGAUGAAAGAAGUGCGUAAUAUUUUUAUUGAAACUGGGCGAGAGGAUCUGAUAACUGAAGUCAUGUCUUACAGAGGUGGCUAUUCUACUUCCGAUAGACGUAGAAUAGAACGUGAAAUGUUUCACGGAAAUUUGAAAGCUGUCAUAUCUACCAAUGCUUUGGAACUUGGUAUCGAUAUUGGUGGGCUAGACGCAGUCCUAAUGUGUGGAUUUCCCUUAUCUAUGGCGAAUUUUCAUCAGCAAAGUGGUAGAGCUGGCAGAAGGAACAAUGAUUCGUUAACGCUUGUGGUUGCAAGUGACUCGCCCGUAGAUCAACAUUACGUUGCUCAUCCGGAGUCUCUCCUAGAUGUCAAUAAUUUCGAAUCUUUUCAAGAAUUAGUUCUAGAUUUCGAUAACAUUCUGAUUUUGGAGGGGCAUAUACAAUGUGCUGCAUUUGAACUCCCAAUUAAUUUUGAGCGUGAUAAGCAAUAUUUUGCCGAAUCCCAUCUUCGCAAAAUUUGUGUAGAACUCUUACAUCACAACCAAGAUGGAUACCAUGCCAGUAAUGUAUUUUUACCAUGGCCGUCGAAGCGCGUAUCUCUAAGAGGAGGCGAAGAGGAUCAAUUUGCCGUAGUUGAUAUAACCAAUGGAAGAAAUAUAGUAAUAGAAGAAAUAGAAGCAUCCAGGACGAGUUUUACCUUAUAUGAUGGUGGUAUAUUUAUUCACCAGGGUUAUCCAUACCUUGUAAAAGAGUUCAAUCCAGAUGAAAAGUAUGCUAAAGUGCAAAGAGUAGAUGUUGACUGGGUUACUAGCCAAAGAGAUUUCACAGACGUUGAUCCGCAAGAGAUUGAGUUGAUACGCUCUUUGAAAAGUAGCGAUGUUCCUGUAUAUUUUGGUAAGAUCAAAACUACCAUUAUUGUGUUUGGUUUUUUUAAAAUUGACAAGUAUAAGAGGAUUAUCGAUGCAAUUGAAACCCAUAAUCCUCCUGUCUUAAUCAAUUCUAAAGGAUUUUGGAUAGAUAUGCCAAAAUAUGCCCUGGAGGUUUGCCAGAAGAAGCAAUUGAAUGUAGCAGGAGCUAUUCAUGGGGCUCAACAUGCAAUUAUGGGUAUGCUCCCACGAUUUAUAGUGACAGGUGUGGACGAGAUACAAACCGAAUGUAAAGCUCCGGAAAAGGAAUUUGCAGAACGUCAAACUAAGCGAAGGCGGCCUGCUAGGUUAAUAUUCUACGAUUCAAAGGGUGGUAAAUAUGGAUCUGGCUUGUCUAUCAAAGCAUUUGAACACAUUGAUGAUAUAAUAGAAUCCAGUUUAAAAAGAAUAGAAGAGUGUCCGUGUAGUGAUGGGUGCCCUGAUUGUGUGGCGGCUUCUUUUUGUAAGGAAAAUAGUUUAGUUUUAUCGAAGCCAGGUGCACAGGUUAUUUUACACUGUAUUCUGGGGCAUUCGGAAGACACUUUCAUAGAUUCUAUCAAAGAUGGUCCGGAGCCGAAUAUGCCGGAAAUAAAGGUGGAGACUGUUGUCCCCGUCUCAGGACAUGUCAACUUUUCAGAGGACUUCAAAAUCAUAGACGCUAGAGAAACUCCAACUGAUGCCACUCCUUUUGGCGAUAUUACCAAAACGAAGGAGUAA